AUGGCACCGCCUCGUCCUCUCGGAUCUCGACCUGCACAAAUCGUACUUCCCCGGAACCUCAUGCCAUCAUUCAAUCCUCAAGAAAGCCUCUCGCCCUUUGCGACGGCACCCGUAGUGUAUCCUCCUCCACCGGCCCAAGCGAAGUGUUCUCCAAAGCCCAAGAAGUACCAGUCUGCGUUUGCGAAUCGGCCGUCACCCAAGACUCGAAGUCUUACAGAGUCUCCGAAAAGAAAACGGCAGGUUGUGCAGCUCAGUGGCCCUCGGAGGUUUUUUGCAAAUCUGCACCCGAAACGCCGGGUACCUGCGGAAGGCGAACUUGAAAUAUGGCUUGCUGGACAGACCAAGAAAAUAUCGAUUGAAGAUCAUGAAGUCAUGAGCCAAGCAACUUCUCCGGCAGAAACACUAGAGAAUGCGCACAAGUCGCUGAAGGCUGUAAAGAGGAUUCGCUAUUGGGUCAAGAAGCAGGAGGUUGGGUCGAAGGGCGGCUUUGAGAGUGUUAUAAAGAGUGAGGACAUGUUGUCGCAGCGUAGGGAGGAGGAGGACGAUGGCUCGGAGGAGUUGAUUGCCAGUCUCCUCACCGAAACAUGA